AAAAGCAGGUGCACAAUUCCAUAUUCUCUACAACAUCUGGAGAACUCCUCAGAUCACUUGUUGUGAAGCCAUGAUCAUGAAAUUAAUUGCCGUUUGUGUUGUGGUGCUGGUCUCUUUUGGCAGCUUCUGUGAUGCAAGACCUGGUAAACUAUUACCUCAAAAACAACCAUCUCAGCAAUUUCAACAGCAAUUGCAGACAUUUGACAAAGAGCUCACCUGGAAAUACCCUGAUGAUCCCCAGCCUGACCCCAAGCCGAAUGUGCCAUUUGAGCAGAGAUAUCCAGCAACGGUUCCUGCUGCAACCGUUGCUGUUGAGUGCAGAGAAGCCAUAGCUCACGUGGAGGCCAAGAAGGACUUGUUUGGCAUCGGGCAGCCCAUCAAUCCAAACGACCUCAUCUUGGGUAACUGUCCACCUACUGGAGAAGACCCUGUUGCUCAAGUGCUGAUUUAUGAAGUUGAACUGCAUAAAUGUGGAAGCCAGCUAACUACGACAGAUGAUGCCCUCGUCUACACCUACUUUCUCAACUAUAGCCCUUCAAAUUUGGGUUUUACUCCAAUAGUAAGAACCACCCAAGCUCCUGUGAUUGUGGAAUGCCACUACCCAAGGAAGCACAAUGUGAGUAGCCUUCCUCUUGAACCCCUGUGGGUCCCUUUCUCUGCAGUUAAGAUGGCUGAGGAGUUCCUGUAUUUCACUAUGAAACUUAUGACUGAUGACUGGCUCAGUGAAAGGCCAAGCUACCAGUAUUUCCUUGGAGACCUGAUCCGUAUAGAGGUUACCGUCAAGCAGUACUUCCAUGUACCCCUGCGUGUUUACGUGGACAGAUGUGUGGCUACCCUCUCACCUGAUGCAACUUCCAGCCCCAAUUAUGCUUUCCUUGAUAACUUUGGGUGUUUGGUUGAUGCCAGGAUCACAGUCUGUGACUCAAGGUUCAUGGCUCGCACUGAAGAGAAUAAACUUCAGUUCCAGUUGGAGGCCUUCAGGUUCCAGAAUCCUGAUAGUGGAUUGAUCUACAUUACCUGCCACAUGAAGGCAACAUCUACUGCCCAUCCCAUAGACGGUCAGCACAGAGCUUGCACCUACAUUGGCGGAUGGAGAGAGGCUAGUGGAGUUGAUCCAGCUUGUGCUUCUUGUGAGUCUGGUGAUGUGGAGUCGUAUAUUGCUCCAAGAAUUACAUUCGUUAACCCCCUCGACAUUAGUAGUGAUGGUGGAGGAGGACAACAAACUCCUGGUGAUCCAAUAGUCCCUUAUUAUCCCCCAUUUUCAAGGAAAGCUCGUGAUGUGACCAAACCUGAACUUUUGGAAUGGGAAGGCGAUGUCACUCUGGGUCCCAUCCCCAUCAUGGAGAAGAAACUCUGAAAACCAGAAGUGUCGCAUGAUUUGCCUCUGUAGCCAUGAACACCACAAUAAACAGUAUCAUUGGUUCAUAUC